AGAGCCCGGCGCUUGAUCUGGGCUGGGGGGAGGUGGUGGCGGCUGAGGGAAGGAGGAGGAUAAGGAGGAGGAACGAGGCCAGCAGGAGGCACCGGCAGCGACUGGGCCGGGGUGAUGUUGCAGGUGCCCGGGGUCGGCGCGGAGCUGCCGGGCUGAGGGACGCCUGGUCCAGGGUCCGCAGCGUCGCCGCGUCGCUCCCGGGCGGGCGGGCGGGAAGAUGCUGAGCAGGUUGAUGAGCGGCAGCAGCAGGAGCCUGGAGCGCGAGUACAGCUGCACCGUGCGGCUGCUGGACGAUAGCGAGUACACCUGCACCAUCCAGAGAGAUGCCAAAGGCCAGUACCUGUUUGACCUUCUUUGCCACCACCUGAACCUACUUGAGAAAGACUAUUUUGGUAUCCGCUUUGUAGACCCGGAUAAGCAGCGGCAUUGGCUGGAAUUUACAAAGUCUGUGGUGAAGCAAUUGAGAUCCCAGCCUCCAUUCACCAUGUGCUUCCGUGUGAAGUUUUAUCCUGCAGACCCUGCUGCUCUGAAAGAAGAAAUAACCAGGUAUUUAGUCUUCCUCCAGAUCAAAAGGGAUCUCUACCACGGCCGACUCCUCUGUAAAACAUCGGAUGCUGCCUUGUUAGCAGCUUACAUCCUUCAAGCGGAGAUUGGGGAUUAUGACUCAGGGAAACACCCUGAAGGCUACAGCUCCAAGUUCCAGUUUUUCCCUAAACAUUCAGAGAAGCUGGAAAGGAAAAUUGCCGAGAUUCACAAGACAGAACUCAGUGGUCAAACACCAGCAACAUCAGAGCUGAACUUCUUAAGAAAAGCACAGACAUUGGAAACAUAUGGAGUGGAUCCUCACCCAUGUAAGGACGUGUCAGGAAAUGCUGCAUUUCUCGCCUUCACUCCUUUUGGGUUUGUUGUUCUUCAAGGAAACAAGCGAGUCCACUUCAUUAAAUGGAAUGAGGUGACCAAGCUGAAAUUUGAAGGAAAGACUUUCUAUUUAUACGUAAGUCAGAAAGAGGAAAAGAAGAUUAUUCUUACAUAUUUUGCUCCAACUCCUGAGGCAUGUAAGCACCUCUGGAAAUGUGGAAUCGAGAACCAAGCCUUCUACAAGCUGGAGAAGUCAAGCCAAGUCCGCACAGUGUCCAGCAGCAAUUUAUUCUUUAAAGGGAGCCGGUUCCGAUACAGUGGCCGAGUUGCAAAGGAAGUCAUGGAGUCAAGUGCUAAGAUCAAACGGGAGCCACCGGAAAUACACAGAGCAGGGAUGGUUCCCAGCCGGAGCUGUCCCUCCAUAACCCAUGGCCCAAGGCUGAGCAGCGUCCCCAGGACCCGCAGAAGAGCUGUUCACAUCUCCAUCAUGGAAGGCCUAGAGUCCCUACGGGACAGUGCCCAUUCCACGCCAGUGCGUUCCUCUUCCCAUGGGGACACCUUCCUGCCUCACGUGAGAAGCAGCCGGACAGAUAGCAAUGAGCGAGUAGCUGUGAUUGCAGACGAGGCCUACAGCCCUGCAGACAGCGUGCUGCCCACCCCUGUGGCUGAGCACAGCCUGGAGCUGAUGUUGCUUUCCCGGCAGAUCAAUGGAGCCACCUGCAGCAUCGAGGAGGAGAAGGAAUCUGAAGCCAGCACCCCAACUGCUACAGAGGUGGAGGCCCUUGGGGGAGAACUGAGGGCCCUGUGUCAGGGGCACAGCGGGCCCGAGGAGGAACAGGUGAAUAAGUUUGUUCUAAGUGUCCUCCGUUUGCUCCUUGUGACCAUGGGACUCCUCUUUGUUUUGCUCCUCCUCCUGAUCAUCCUUACCGAGUCUGACCUUGACAUUGCCUUUUUCCGCGAUAUCCGCCAGACCCCCGAGUUUGAACAAUUCCACUAUCAAUACUUUUGUCCCCUCAGGCGAUGGUUUGCCUGCAAAAUCCGCUCAGUGGUGAGCCUGCUCAUUGACACCUGAGAAGGCAUGACUCCUCCCAAAAACUAGCCAGGUGGACCAAGGAGCCCAGCUACCCAUUCCCAGCAAUGGGACCCAUCGCGGAACCAUCGGCACAUAUACCAAGUCCUCCUCUCAUGACUCAAAGUCCACUGCAGCCUAGGAGGGUGUUUCCCAGAAGAAGAAAGGGAUAGGCUCACGCCCUGUCUAAACAAACUGGGAAAACUAAUUUUCUUCAGAAGUUAUUUCAAGAAAGGCUCAGCAACUCUGUUUCUCAUCUUUCCAAUUUGCAGGAUAAUUUUUGGUUUAUGAAUUUUGAUUUUUCAUAGAUGUGUAUUAUUUUGAAGUAUCAAAUAAAAAUAAUUUAUUUUACUAUUACUGAUUAUUGCAGUAGUGUCACCUAGCAGAGGGGACACUAGUUGAAUACUAGAGAGCUGCUGUCCUCUGUAUUCUGCAGGAGCUUUCCUGCUGGUGCCACUGGGUUCCAGUAGAUUCGUCACUGCAGCCUCAGCAGGGUAGGCCAGGGAUCUGGACAAUGGGGACUGUUUAGUUUUUUUUGCCAGACAGAACUUUUAAAAAAGUAAACAUCCAUGUAGAAUGAUUAAAUGGAAAGUUGCUUCUUAUGAUGGUCUGAGUUGGAUUUUCUUUUCCUUUUGUUUUUUCAAAUCUGAGCAGAGUGGGCAUCUGAAGGGACCACCGCUACAGCAGCAGCAGCAGCAGGGGUGGGGUAAGUCUGUCCCCUUAGUCUAGAGCCUAGUGGGCAUCACCAUAGUUUUGUAUAAUGAAACUAGACUUAACAUGAUUUUUUUUUCUGAAGAACCUCAAGACUUUUAUAGUGCUCCAGGGGCGUUAAAUGAAUUCAGUGGUGCCAGAGAGUUCUGUCAGAAAUGUUGGACAAAGUAUGGUUAAGAGAAAGCAGAGUUAAGUUACCUGAGAGACUGUUGAGAUUUGGAGAGCAGUGCUUAUUUUAUAUACACCCCCCAACCCAAAGACUAUUUCAAUUUAUAUUUUAACAACAAAAUGUUAUUUUCUUAACAAUUCAUAUUUUGUUUUUACUUUAUGGAUUAAGAAAAUAGAGCCUGAUGAACUAAAUGAUGCAAGAAAGAAACCGAUCCUGAGAAUGAAAAGCUUCAGAAAAUAGAAUUCCAAGAUCAACAGCCUUAGAAGGGACCAGGAAAAGAAUCUUUUAAAAUAGGAUUUCUAAGAGAUGCCUACAAAACACAGAAGGUGACCGUGGCAGAGACCAACACUUAGAUGUAGAAAUGCUGCCCCUUAGGGUCAUCCUCUGCAUAAGUUCUAGGAAAGCAUCACCAUCCUUGCAGAGGGAAGUCCUGGAAGCACACAGAAGCACAGGCAUAUGAAGGGUGAGUGUGGGGUCCUAGGCCCAAGCUCUUCAACUCUAAAACCAAUCACACACAAGAUCCUGUUUUCAUCUCAGGGAGAGAUUUCUAAGUCAUCUGGGGCUUGAGGGCUUAUUUAAGGAUGGUCAAUGGACAUAUUCCUGGACCCACACAAAAGUAGAGCAGCUGCUGAUUCCCUAAUCGGACAGCCCCAAACGCAGAACAGAAUGAGUCACUUGUAGAUUUGACCUCCCCUAUUUUGUCCCCUGAGAUGGUAGAACCAUGUCCAUGUUUAGAAUACAACUGUGGAAUAACUGGGGCUCUUAGGGAGAGAUUUGCAUAAUUUUAAAGACAUCCUUUCAUCUGGACCAGAGGUCAACAAACUUCUGUAAAGUGCUACACAGGAAAUAUUUUGGCUUAGCACGCCUUGCUCUGUCACAACCACUCAAUUCUGCCAUCACAGCACAAGAACAGCCAUAAUUUGUAAAUGAAGGAACAUGGCUGUGUUCCAAUAAAACUUCAUGAAAAAAGUGAGAUGAAUUUGGCCUACAGGCCAUAAUAUGCCAAUCCUGAUCUAGACAGUAAAACCGAUCCUUACCAGUAUGUUAGCAGAAGAGGGUCAGUCAGCUCUGUUUCCAUGCCUGACAUGCAUUAAAGAUCUGAGACCUCUUCCCAGUGGAGGCACCAGGGUUGCUUGUUUAAAGGGUGCUUGAACAACUAACCAGCAGCAAAAAGAUGUCUGAUGCCAAAUGGGCAAGAUCAAAUACUGGAAUGCUAAAACACAGCUAGAAUCUAAGAAGGGAAGAGGGCCUCUCUGACCAUUUUCAUACCAGCAACAAUUUAGGCAGAAUUAUAAACAUCUAUUUAUCGAGUGACAAUACAAACCGAAAGAGAUCCUAGUAGAGAUUAGGGGUCAUUUAAAACCAACUAGCCACUGCCACUUGUCAUCUACAUAGCAAAGGCUUUAUUUAGCACAGGACUAACGUGAAAAGUAGACCCAGAGAUGAAAAGGCUGUCAGGAGACAGGGGGCUGGUGUCAACCUGGAUAUCUACUGUCUUAUGCAACAUAGAAGAUUACCUUUUAGUGUAGUGCUCCUACCUCAGUUUGUAGAAUCUGGUGUUUCUAUGCAGUGAGUGAUAGCCUCAACUCCGACCUUUCAUAUUCACAUUAGAGACAGAUGCAGUAUUCCAUAUCCUAGUAUGUUCCUUGUGUCUAGAGUUCUAACAGUACAGUAGUCUAUGCCAUUUCUAACAGCUAAAGUUUGCUCUCUAAACAGAAACUUUAGGGUUUUUUUCCAGGGCUCAUCCCAGAAAAUAUGGAUAGAAAAGUUUCCUUCAGUUUGCUUUUCAAAUAGUGCUUGAAUAAUAAACCUCCUUUGGUGAUUAGUCUUUUUUGGUAUAUCUCCACCAUUAAAAAUUGUUCAAGUUUUUAACCUGGUUAUACUGUGUUCUAACAUGUCUCUCAUUUUCUCUCAAAAUUAUUUUAUCAUUGUAGAAAAAGCACUGAUUUUCAUAGCUUCAUCUAUCAGAAUAAAACUCUUACUAAAGAAUAGCGUACUGCAUCUUUAAGCAGUAGAGGGUAAACUACCUGCAAAUGUGAAUUUCUUAGUUUCAUUUGAAAAUAUAUAGUUGUUAACCUUCCGUGUGCCAAAACCUCUUAAGUUACAUUUUCCUUCAAAGCAAUGUACUUUUUUCUACAUAUGCAGUAUGUAGUUAGCAUAAAAUCAUUGGUGCCAUGAAGAUUAUUUUUAAACUUAAAUAAAUAUUUAAAUAUCA